AUGCCCAAGAACAAGGGAAAGGGAGGUAAAAACCGGCGACGAGGCAAGAACGAAAACGACAACGAAAAGCGCGAACUCACCUUCAAAGAGGAAGGUCAAGAAUAUGCCCAAGUCCUCAAGAUGCUGGGCAACGGCCGCCUGGAAGCCCUCUGCUUCGAUGGCGAAAAACGAUUAGCACAUAUCCGGGGCAAACUCCGCAAAAAGGUCUGGAUCAACCAAGGCGACAUCAUCCUCCUCUCGCUGCGCGACUACCAAGACGAAAAGGGCGACGUCAUCCUCAAGUACAGCGCCGAUGAGGCCAGGAGCCUGAAGGCCUACGGCGAGCUGCCCGAGAGCGCCAAGAUCAACGAGACCGACACGUACGGUCAUGAGGGCGUGGAUGAUAAUGUCGAGUUCGACGAGGAUCGCGACGGAAGCAGUGACGAUGGCAAGGACAUCGAUAUCGAUGAGAUUUGA